CCUUAAGAGAAAACCGCAGCAGCCACCGCUAAGCCUACAGUCACCAUGGACGACGUGUCUCUCAAGCAGAAGCAGACGGACGACAAGGACAUGGACAACCUCCUCUUUAACGGUGAGAAGGACGAGACCUCGGCCAAGGAGAACCAGCCCCAGACUCACGACGCUGACUCUGAUAGCGACGAGAAGAAAUCCAAUGCCUCGGCCAAGGCAGGCGACCGCUCCUCUAUCGGCAACGUGCUGCCCGUAGAUAAGCUUAAGAAUGGCGCCAACACUGCCUCCAAGGUGUUAGGCCAGACCUUUUCCAUGUUCAAGGAAAAGUCGGGAGCCGCACUGGAGGCGGCCAAGGCCUCAAACGCUGGCAAGACUAUCGCUGGUGGCCUGAGCACCGCCGCCACUGCCAGCCAGGAGCAGUAUGGGAAGCUUAAAGAGACAGAGGCCUUCAAGAAGUCGUCGACUCUUGCAAGUGGCGCGUACGAGCGGACGUCUGUCGUCGCCUCGGGUGCUUUGGAGAAGGCUCGCACAGCCUCCACUGCAGGACUGGAGAUGGCCAAGCACACGGCUGCGGCUGGUAUUGAGACUAUCAAGUCGAAGACAGGCGGCAAGAAGGGCGAGUAAAUUGUUCUCCGUGUCCUUAAGCCUGGCGCGAUCGACGAAGCGAAGGCUGUAUCCUACGAAACAGCUUGGUUCUCGGUUGACUCAUCGCAGACCCUUCUCGUCUGGCUUGGGAUUUGUUUAUCUGCUUUUUCCUCCACUACAACUUUCCUCUUGCAUUUAAGCGUUGCUUUUGCGUACUCGACUGCAGUUAAAAAGACAGCAAAAUACAGAUAGUCCAUUAGACCUUAACUAUGGAUACAUCUCGAAUCGAUUAAGCCAAGGUGUCCAUGUUGCACG